CUCGGUUACUCACUCACCUUCGUCUCUUUCCGUCAGUCUCUCUCACACUCUCCCGACUCCCUCCAACUUCAACUUCCGGCCAUGUACCGAAUUGCUUCAAAUCUAGCUUCGUCCUUGGCCUCCUCUACUUCCAACAAACUCGUCUACGCUAGGGUUAUACGCAAUAGGAACUAUGUGGCGGCGCAAGAUCUCACCUUCAAUCUUGGUGCACGCGCCGCCUUGUUUGAGGCUGCUGACGCUGCCAGGUUCACCAUGGCCGCCCUCGCACAACGCGUCUCUGAGCUCGGAGAGGCCUUCAGAGUUCAAAUUGGUCUGAAGGAUGGUGUUACAGUUAAGAAUGUGAGUGAGACAUUUGCGGAACAGGUCGCUAAAGGCACAACUUCUGAUGCUGUAUUGACCCAGGAAACACUCACAGAAGGUUGCCAGUCCAUAGGUGCUCGGGUUCCCUCUAUUUUUGCAAAUGGUCAACAAGAGAUUGGAGAGUUCUUAGCAAGGGCAUUGGAGAACAUUGAGAAGAAAGGACUAGUUUCUUCCCUCAAAUAUCCUGGUAUUGGGGAAAGCAGGAGAACCACUUUCGAUGAUCUAGCUACCUGCACUACGCGAGAGGUUGUGAGUGAUGAUGGCAGUUUCAUUAUCGACAGACUGCUGAUGUCACCCACAUUAAAUCAAUUGAUUCGUCAUAAUAGAACUGAGAAAAGUCGCGCGAACCGUAAUCGAGCUUUAGAUAAAUGCCCCCAAAAGCAAGGAGUAUGCCUUCGGGUUUUUACAAGAACACCCAAGAAGCCAAAUUCAGCUCUGCGUAAGGUAGCUAAAGUAAGGCUAAGCAAUCGGAAUGAUGUAUUUUCUUACAUUCCAGGUGAAGGUCAUAAUUUGCAGGAGCAUUCCAUGGUCUUAAUAAGAGGGGGCAGAGUGAAAGAUUUGCCAGGUGUGAAGUUUCACUGUAUCAGAGGAGUCAAGGAUUUACUGGGACUUCCAAACCGAAGAAGAGGGCGAUCAAAAUAUGGUGCAGAAAAGCCCAAGAGCGCCUGAAAACAGUCUCCUUUUCCCUUCGUAUUUCUGUAUUGGGUCGUAUUGCUAGUCAUUGAAUGCUGUAAGAAAGCUGGUGCAAUUUGGAAAACAAAGAUUUGUCUGAAAUAGAAUAAGGGAUCAAUAUGUAGUAUUCUUAUUGAAAGUUUGGAACGGUGGAAUUUGGAUUCUUUGAUUAGUACAAGGUUCAUAAGAUAAAAUUGUGUAGGAAUUCUUAAUUUGUAUGGCUAAUGUAGUUGCAAACUUGCAAUGGUUCUGUUUUUCUGUUGC